AUGACAAAUCAUUGGCUCUAUUAGAAUUUAGAAGGUGCAGUGAUAUAACAUACCAUUAAAAGAAGAAAAACUUAAAAAUGCCAUCCAUAGCAGAAAACAUUGCUGAUAUUAAAAGUACUGUAGUUACUGAGGUUCCUGCAGGUUCAACGGUGGUUUUAAACUGUGAUAGUAAUGAUUUUGAUCAUAAUUUUAUGUUCUGGCUCAUGGAUUCCCACCCUUUAAAAAUAAUUGGCCCAGAGACAACUUUUGAUGAAAAAAAAUAUAAAUAUGAAGUAUUAUCUGGAAAGCUACACAUAAAUAGUGUGUCACCAACUGAGUCUGGUUAUUAUAAAUGCUUUUCAAAGAAGCUUGAUGGUGUUGGUGUUACAGUAGGGGAAGUGGAGAUGAUAGUUCAUGGAUCAACAUUCACAGCAGCAGAUGCAAUAAAAUUGGCAGCCAUUGUAAUCUCCAUACUAGUACUGAUAGCAUGUGCUGUUAUAUACUUUAGGUUGAGAAAAGAAUGGAAUAAAUAUGAUGGCCGUACAGUUGUACCAGUUGAAGAAGAUGAAGAGGAUGGUGAUGAAAUAUAUAACCGCACUACAACUGCUAUCAGUCAACCAGCACCAGGUCCAAGUAGGAACCAGUCAUCAGAACAUCUUCUAUAUGGUAUAGAUAACCAGGGCCUAGACACGGAUUUUAAUUCUGUCUUUGAAAAUAUACAAAUAAAAACACCAAGUCCAAGUUUAAUCUAAAUAUUAUUUCCAAUUGUAAGCUGUCUGUGAGUCUACAUAUUAUGUAUAUAGUUUUAUAUAU